AUAAUCAAUCUCCGAUUACUAAUUCGGCAAUUUUCUUUCUGUCCCCCGAUUUUUUCUCUCCCUGGUCUCUUUCUUUUCCGGAACCACGGCGCGUUCGAUCUGCGACCCACAGCCAGCAGAAGUAGCAAAAAAUCCAAACACCGUCAAUCGCUCUACUCAAUCGAAUUCACCCGCCCGGUGGACGCGAUUCGAGGAGCCCACGACGAUGAUGAUCUCCGGGGUCCAUCGCUCAGUCCCAAACCGAUGACCCCACGUCGUGUCAAGCGACGAUCUGUGAUGGUGUGGGGCACUACCGGCCGCCAAAGUACGACCAGCCGGCGAAGUCACUCCAACAAUCGAAGCAGCGUGAGAAACUCCCGCCGGAAAGUACACCAAAACCCGGUUACUAAGCUGAUGAACCAGCAGAGUGCUGGAACAAUGAUCCUAACCAAAACAUUCCCUCAGUUUGUGCACAGUAAGAACUCCGAACUGACGGAAUCUAAUCUCAAGUCACUUAACAACGAUUACAUCAUGGGCCAAACAGCGGCUUCCAUGUUGAACAAUUUCAGUCAAGGCGGACCAAACAAUCUCAACACAAUCAAUCACCCACCACGGCACAACACUCACACUCCUACCCUGCCCGAUGGUAGUCCAAUUGAUCCAAUUUAUUACAAUAUGAAUUCCUCUUCGCCAUUGCUACAGCAGCAAACCUCCUGGACAUCAGCAAACCCCGCAGGAAUCGGUGGCCAUUCCAAUCCUACCUAUCAGCAUUCGACCACGAAUCUGAACCACAGUCCCGAGUUGAAUGACGAAUACUACACAAGCAACCGGCCACCUUCCGUGCGUUCCAGUUAUUCGAACUUCCACGGAACCCGUCCGCUAAGUUCGUACUCAACUGUAGGCAAUAUGAACAUCUAUCAGCCCGGUGCAACGGGAGAGAACGUAUUCGCCAGCCUGACCAAUCAGCAGCAAGUACAACCCCACCAACAACAGCAACAGCAACAUAAACAACAACAUCAACAUCAACAGCAACAUCAGCAAGCCACCAUGGUGGACACAAUGAGCGAUCCCUUGGCUAUCCCUCAGCUGCCCAAUCGAAGGUCGGUUUCACGGGAAAGUAUUCGGGCGAUGCAGUUCCUUAACAGUGGACCCCCGGCGUACAAUCUAAACUACCAUACGCCAUCGGAUUCGGAGACCACUAUGUAA